AUGAUCAAAGCACCAGAGAUUGUUGAGUUCCUCUCUAAAGUGUUGAGUGCAAGUCUGCUACGUUCAGCUGAACUUGGCGAACCUCUUGAUGAACAUUUGAAGCGCUUUGGUUCACUUGUAACGUUGAUUCGAUCCACUGAAAGACUUGGCCUAAUCAGAGCGAAACUGAAGGGAGCCAAAGCCGCAACCGGAGAUGUCAUUGUGUUCCUUGACGCUCACUGUGAAGCGAAUUCCGGAUGGAUCGAGCCGCUGUUGGCACGUAUUAAGGAGGAGCGGACGGCAGUUGUCUGCCCCAUCAUCGAUGCUAUUUCCGAAACAAAUCUCGCCUAUUUAGGUGGAUCACACGGAGGAAUUGGAACCUUCUGGUGGUCACUUCACUAUAGUAUUUCUUCAAUGCCUAGGAGAGAAAUUGAACGAAGAAAGCAUCCGGAGACUGACUAUGUGAGGUCGCCCACAAUGGCUGGCGGAUUGUUUGCUGUUGAUCGCAAGUUCUUCUUCGAAGUUGGCGCAUAUGACGAAGAAAUGGAUAUCUGGGGAGGCGAGAAUUUAGAAAUCUCUUUCCGGGUUUGGAUGUGUGGAGGAUCGAUCGAACUGAUUCCAUGCUCCCAUGUCGGUCAUAUUUUCCGUGCAGGACAUCCCUAUGACAUGACAGGUGCUAAGAUUUUGGUCGGAACAACAACAAGGACGUACACGGUACGAAUUCGAAACGGCUGGCAGAAGUGUGGAUGGACGACUACAAGCGGCUUAUUUUACGUUCAUCGAUUGGGUCUCAAGGAUUUGGACGUAGGUGACCUAACAGAACGGAAGCAGCUGCGAGAGCGCCUCAAGUGCAAAUCUUUCAAAUGGUACCUGGACAACGUGAUUCCGGAGAAGUUCUAUUACCCGAUCGAGACGUCAUCGCCUAUCUGA